CCUGUGCUAGAGUAGGGAUACCAAGUAUUAUCAUGGCCGGUACUUAUAGAAAUUACAUGAGAUUAUUAGAAUCUUGGCCAUUGGAUAAAUUAAAACCUGGCAGAGACUUGAGUCAACAUAUUCGCGAUCAAGUAAAGCUUGCAUUUACAAAAGGUGAGACAAGUCAGUUAGAUAAAGAGGUAUGUGAUCGUUAUUAUAUGUCAUUAAAAAGAAUUACUUCCAAUUAUUAUGGGCAAAUGUACACUCGUACUCAUACAAGCAGUGCUAGCGGGUUAUCAAAAGAACAAUGUAAUUUGGCACUUUCGCCAGAAAUGUUAGAAUAUUUUAAUGAUUUGGAUAAAGGAAUUCUUGUACGUACAUAUGCAAGAUUAAUGAGAUAUUACAAGGAGGACAAGAAAGAUGCAAGCAAUGUUAGCGCAUAA